AUGUCUCCGCCUUUCAUCGCUAAUGUGGAUGUUUCCCCCAUCAUUGCAUCUUCUCCGCUAGAGAUCGGUUGUGUUUCUACUGUGUAUAGCGAAGUCCAAGCCCACCGUAUCGAUCAACCUUUCCCUUUUCCCUCUGUUCUCAAAAACCCCUUCAAAAUCCUCAAUGGUCCUCCUACCUCCGCCGCCAGCAAUCCGAAAUUUAGAGUGUUUGAGUUGUGUGUUAUAUACGCGUGUAGUCAGAUUGCGAAGCUGUUUCCUGGUCUUUUUGGCCAACCAUCGUCGUGGCUAAUUAGCAGCUUCUACGAUUUUGGUGAAGAUUACCUACAGGUUCAUGCAAAAGGAAGCACGUUGUAUGAUUUCAAGGGUGGUCCUUUUAAGCAAGCUGAAGAAACUGCUCAGAAACUUGAUCUGGAUGGCCUUGUUGUAAAUGGUGGAGAUGAUUCCAACAUAAAUGCCUGUCUCCUCGCUGAAAACUUUAGAAAUAUAAGGAGUAAGAGUUUGAAAACCCGAGUGAUUGGUUGCCCAAAAACUAUUUAUGGUGAUCUCAAAUGCAAAGGGGUCUCCACAAGUUUUGGAUUUGAAACAUGCAAGAUAUAUUCAGAAAUGAUUGAUAAUGUGAUGGUUGAUGCUCGAUCUAUAGGAAAAUAUUACCACUAUAAGCAUUUUGCUUAA